AGGAAGUAAUGCAGUGCCAAGGGGCCGGAAGUGACGCGGCCUAUCAACAUGGCCGACUUUGCGAGUUACCAAGGAAACGGGUGCUCAGCUUUGAGCAUGGAGUAUAUUCGCUCCCUCACCGACCUGCAGGAGCUGGAGGAGGCCUAUGCGCGGCUGUGCGCCGAGGAGAUAGAGGUGGAGACGGAGCUGGAGGAGCUGUUGGGACAGCAGGGGUCGGUAGAGAAAAAGAUGCUGGCCUUACAACGGAUGGGGCCGAACCUGCAGCUGAUAGAAGGAGACGCUCAGCAGUUGUCGGGGAUGAUAACCUUCACCUGUAACCUGGCCGAGAACGUCAGCAGUAAGGUCCGACAACUGGACCUCGCCAAGAGCCGGCUCUAUCAAGCCAUACAGCGAGCGGAUGACAUACUGGAUCUGAAGUUCUGUAUGGACGGUGUGCAGGUUGCGCUGAAGAACGAGGAGUACGAGCAGGCAGCAGCGCACAUACACCGCUACCUGUGCCUGGACAAAUCCGUCAUCGAGCUCAGCCGACAGGGAACAGAAGGCAGCAUGAUUGAUGCCAACCUACAGCACCUGCAGGAGGCCGAGAAGCAGCUGAAGGUCCUUGUAAGUGAGAAGUUUGAUGCAGCAACUACAUCCGGAGACUUGCCGCAGGUGGAGCGAUUCUUCAAGAUCUUCCCACUGCUGGGGCUGCAUGAAGAGGGCAUCAGCAAGUUCUCUGCAUACCUGUGUCAGCAGUUGGCUAAGAAGGCUGAGGAGAACCUGGCGAUGGCUCUGGAGUCAGAGGGCAGCGAGCGCCGGGCAACUCUCUUAUUUGCAGAUACACUUACCCUGCUUUUUGAAGGUAUCGCCCGAAUAGUGGAGACUCAUCAGCCCAUUCUAGAGACGUACUACGGGCCGGGCCGACUCUACAUGCUGAUCAAACACCUCCAGGCCGAGUGUGACCGCCAGGUGGAAAAAGUGGUGGACAAGUUUACACAGCAGAGAGACUAUCAGAGGAAGUUUCAGCGGGUGCAGAGCUGCAUGAUCCGAGCGUCUACCUCUGACAAGAUUGAGCCCAGGGACCUGGACCCUAUACUGGCCGAGGUGACUUUGAUGAGCGCCCGGACUGAGCUUUACCUCCGCUUUAUCAAGCGGCGCAUCACGUCGGACCUUGAGAUUGGAGACUCGAUGGCAGCAGAAGAAGUGACGCAAGAACAUCAGCAGAAUCUGGACAAGCUCCUGAAACACUGUCUACUGAGUCGCUCCAUGCAGGAGCUGAUCGGCUACUACAUCACCAUGGAGGAAUACUACAUGAGGGAGUCCGUCAACAAGGCUGUGGCCAUGGACACGUGUGAGCGGGGGCAGCUCCUAUCCAGCAUGGUGGAUGACGUGUUCUACAUAGUGAAGAAAUGUAUUGGGCGUGCUCUGUCCAGCUCCAGUAUUGACUGUCUCUGCGCCAUGAUCAACCUGUCGACAACCAUGAUGGAGUCUGACUUCAGGGAGGUUCUGUGUAACAAGCUGAGGAUGGGCUUCCCGGCCACUACACUACAGGACAUCCAGCGCGGCGUCACCAGCGCGGUCAGCAUCAUGCACAGCAGUCUGCAGCAGGGCAAGUUUGAUACCAAGGGCAUCGAGAGUAAUGACGAGGCCAAGAUGUCGUACCUGGUCUGUUUGAACAAUGUGGAGGUGUGCAGCGAGAACAUCACGACCCUGAAGAAAAAUCUGGAGAAUGACUGCAAGAAGAUGUUCAAUCAGGACUUUGGAGGAGACCAAGCGAAGGCCAAGAUUGACAGCUGCCUCUCGGAUAUGGCCUCGGUUUCAAACAAAUUCCGAGACCUCCUCCAGGAAGGUCUGGGGGAGCUGAACAGUAUGGCCGUUAAACCUCAAGUCAAGCCGUGGAUUAACCUCUUCCUGUCUGUGUCGCACAAUAUUGAGGAGGAGGAAUUCAAUGACUACGAGGCCAACGACCCCUGGGCACAGCAGUUUAUAGUGAACCUGGAGCAGCUCAUGGCUGAGUUUAAGGCCGGCCUCUCCCCCAUCAUCUAUGAGAACCUCACCAGUCUGCUCACCAGUCUUAUCGCUAUGGAACUGGAGAAGGUGGUUUUGAAAUCCACAUUCAGCAGGCUCGGGGGGCUGCAGUUUGACAAGGAGCUGCGCUCUCUCAUAUCUUAUCUCACUACGGUCACAACAUGGACCAUCCGGGACAAGUUUGCUCGACUCUCCCAAAUGGCAACAAUCCUGAACCUGGAGCGGGUGACUGAAAUACUGGAUUAUUGGGGCCCCAACUCUGGACCACUGACGUGGCGCCUCACGCCUGCUGAAGUCCGUCAGGUACUGGCGUUGCGUAUAGACUUCCGCAGCGAGGAUAUUAAACGUUUGCGGCUGUAGAUCUCGGACUGAAGGCCGCCCUCGAGUGAGGAGCUUUGAUCAAUGUGGAGAGGAAGACGACUUGUAAAUAUCCGCAGGACACAGAAUCCGCACUUUUAUCUCACAACUUCUGGGACAUU